AUGGACAUGAGCAGCGAGUCGAGCGCGGCUAGGUGGUACGAACCCCCUAGGUCCACGUUAGAGCCACCAUCGGGGGGUGCGGGGGUCGCUGGGGUUGUUGGCAACCCGACCGACUAUAGGGGCUACUACCCCCACGCUGGACCCACCGCGCACCACCCCGCCGCCGCUGCACACUACGCUCACACAAGGAUGUCGAGCAGCGGCGUGACGAGCGGUCCUGUGAGCCAGGUCUGUCGGCCGCACUUUCACAGUUCGGUGCUGCACCCGUGGCUCUCGGGCAGCGGGGCGGACACGUCGAAGACGCCCUGGGGAUUCCCGACGUCGACGGGCUCCGGUGGCGCGGUCAGCGAGGACAAACCGCAGAGUCCGCUCGGUUCGUCGCUGCCGCCGACCACCGGGAGCCUGUCGGGUCACGGCGGAGCCGGUACCAGUCACCAUCUCUUCUCCUUCCCGCCGACGCCGCCGAAGGACGCGACACCGGACAGCAUCACCGCCAGCACCACGUCCAGUACGAAUAACAACAACAACAGCAGCGCCAACAACAACAACAACAACACCAGCAAUCCUCUGUCCGGUCUAGGAGCCGGUGCGAGCAGCGAGUACCAAGCGGCGGUUGCCCACGCAGCGGUGAUGGGAGCCUUCAUGCACCAUCAGGACGCCCUGGGUGCAUCCGGUGCUAGUUCCUGCGACGUGAAGCCCAGCGUGAUGCUGGGUCAUCAUCACGGCGCCCCGUCCCCGCCCCAUCAGCAGCACAACGGGACGACGAAUCCGGGGAACGGAGGGAACGGGAACGGAGGGAACGGGACCGGUCAGGUGAAACAGCGCGAAGGUAAUAACCAAUCGGGCAGCGUGUCCGGCAGCCAACAGGCGAGCACCACGCAACAGCAACAACAGCAGCAGCAACAACAACAGCAACAAGAGGCCGCGUAUCAGGGGAACAGCGUGGCGGGCGGCGGCGGGGGCGGUGGCGGUGGUGCGAGCUCACCGUCGUGCAGGGACAGUUACGCGGCCGCUGCCGCCGCCGCCGCAGCCGCGGCCGCGGCUGCCUCGAACACCCACCAUGCCACUUCCGGAUCCCAGUACGACCCGGCAACCAGCGCGUAUAACAUGUACCAGCACCUGCAGUAUCCUAGUACCAACCACCACCAUCACCAUCACCAUCAUCACGGCGCCUCCUCGUCGUCUUCUUCGUCUUCGUCCCACAAUCCGCACAACGGGACCGCCGCGGUUUCCGGUAUAUUCGGGCAUCACGCCGGUGCCGCGGCAGGAAACGCGACCGGCGUGGCCGGCGUUAACGUCGAUUCGAAGUUGUUGGUCGGUCACGCGCACGCAAACACGCCGAGCUCGCCGUCCGCGCAGCAGCAGCAGCAGCAAAAGCCCAGGAACAAGUCGAGGACGUCCGCCGAGGGUCGCGAGUGCGUGAAUUGCGGCGCGACGUCGACGCCGCUCUGGAGACGAGACGGCACCGGACACUACCUCUGCAACGCUUGCGGGCUUUAUUACAAGAUGAACGGCCAGAAUCGACCCCUCAUCAAACCGAAACGACGGCUGUCGAUCCAAAGUGCGGCGAGGCGGGCGGGCACCAGCUGUGCCAACUGCAAGACCGCGACCACCACGCUAUGGCGGCGGAAUCAGGCCGGGGAGCCAGUCUGCAACGCGUGCGGCCUCUACUACAAGCUCCACAAUGUGAACCGGCCGCUGACCAUGAAGAAGGAGGGCAUUCAGACGAGGAACAGGAAGCUCUCGUCGAAGAGCAAGAAGAAGAAGGCCGGAGGCUGCUUAGGCCUCGGCGGUGUUAUGGGCGAUAUGAUCAAGGCCAGUGGUCAUCUCGAUCUCGAUAACAAGCCCUUCCAUUCUGGAUUCGGAUCACCAAUGGGUACGUCGCAGCAUCAUCACACGAUGCAUCCGGCGAUGCAGCAUUACAUGUAUCACACGGGUGUCGGCGUGGCCGGAGGUCUUCAUCAAGGAUUUGCACCACCGGCGCCUCCCCCCAUCCACCCGCACUCGCAUUCGCAUUCCCAUUCCCAUCACAUGACGAGUCUUCAGGGUCUCCAACUGGCCGCCACGACGAAUGCAAUGACCGGUUGGCGAUCGGAGUACACAUGAAUCGCGAGUGAUCAGCAGCUCAGGACGCAGCCCACCACUCUCGUUCUAACGUAAUGAAGUCAAGCUCCUCCCUUUCUCUCCCCGCGCGAAACGAGAGACGUUCGAGGGCAGGAAGUCGAACAAAAAAAAAAAAGAAAAAAGAAAAAAGAAAUUACGAUUCUCCGUUCUGUCUUUAAUUCUCUACCCACUUUCUUCCCCCUUCUCAUCUCCUGGUUCUUGCGGUCUCGCGUCGCUGUAAAUAUGUAAAGUUUUAUCGUAGGGCCAUCGAGCCCAGGCCCCAAGUACAAACGAAGUCAGCUAACUUGUAUCGAGUCUUAUUAUACGCGGUGUACAUAAAAACACUAUAAUGGUAAAAUGCAAGAAUUUAUAUGCCACGUGCGUGGAUGCGUGGUCGAGACGCGAGGGAGGGGGCGCGCGGGAGGCGUCCGUCCCUCGACCCCCGAUUUUCGUCGCGAAAUACCCUCGUUUUGUUUCAUUUUUCCCCCCGAUCGAGGGGGAGGCCUCGAAGACGAUUCUUUCAGGGCGACAUUUCGCGAAAUUUCGAAUCGACCA